CUCAAUAUAUUAAAAAGAAUGCCAUCUGCAUAUUAUGCAGUAGCCAGAGGUCGUAAACCUGGAAUUUACAAAACUUGGGAUGAAUGUAAACUACAAGUAGACCAUUUUACUGGAGCCAAAUAUAAAAAAUUUCAUAUUCAAGAAGAAGCUGAAAAUUUCAUUAAAGAAUAUACAAAUCCAGGUAAAAAAAAUAGCUACAGAAAUGCAACAUCUAUACUUGGUAAAAGAUCAAAAUUACAAAAUGAUCAAUCUUCAAACAUGGAUAGUGGAACAUCAUUUGCAAAAAAAUUAAAAAAGACAGAUUUAAAAGAAUGCUCAAAGGUUAUACAAAUUGAAAAUGGGGAAAAGAGUGGAGGUUUCAAUAUUGAUAGUGAUGGUUAUGUGAAUGUGUAUACAGAUGGUGCAUGUAGUUCAAAUGGUCGUACCACUGCACGAGCAGGUAUAGGUGUUUGGUUUGGUGAUGACCAUCCUCUAAAUGUAUCACAAGCAGUUGUUGGACGAGCAACUAAUAAUAUGGCAGAAAUUCAGGCUGUAACUAUAGCUGCGAAACAAGCAAAGAAGGCAGGUAUUAAAAAAUUGAAGAUUAAUACAGAUUCAAAAUUCCUUAUUUCCUGUAUAAAUAAUUGGAUGCCAAAAUGGAAAGCUAAUGGGUGGAAUACUGCAGCUAAUAAACCAGUUAUAAAUAAGAUUGAACUAUUAGAAAUGGAAGAAGCUUUAAAAUCUUUAAAUAUAAUUUGGAAUCAUGUUAAUGGUCAUGUUGGAAUUUAUGGUAAUGAAAUGGCUGAUAAAUUGGCUCGAGCUGGAUGUUUAAAAUAUUGA